UGGCUGCCUACAGUUCACCGACGGUAUUUUUAUUUACGCCUUGUUUGUUAUCCGUUUUAAGACAGACAGCGGAAGGAAUAGCUAGUAUCAGAAGCUCCAUUGUGAAACACUUCAUUUAAAUAAGUCGUUAGAGUUUUGGUAAGAAGACGCCAUUUUCCCGAGCGUUGACAUUGCCGACAGCCUAAUAUUUUUUUUCAUUUUCGCUAAGCAGUCAAGCUGCUCCUCAGUGUCGGACUGAGAUUGAUUUGCGUUUGUUACUGUGUUAAGCUAGCUGACGGUAAACUUGCUAAACAACUUUACUGGAAGUCCAACGCGUGUAUGCUACAUCCGGUAGUAGUCGCUAUGUUUAGCCCCGUGAAGUCUUCUUAUUUCAGAGUCAGCCCGGCCAUUGUCAACAGAGAACUCGGCAAGACUAAGAUGAGAUAGCAAGAGGGCACAUCGGAGUGAGAACACAUGAUUGACUACGAGGCAUAGCUCCAGCAGAACUCAGAGAAAACCGAAUACAUCACUCAAACAGCAUGUUUGGGAAUCUUUUCGAGGAAGAGGAGGAGGAAGGCUCCUCUUCAACUUCCUCCAGGGGGAGAGUUGCAAAGGGGGGAGACGAGCCACCUCCGCCCCGAGGAAGAAGCAAUCUGUGCGGCAUAAAGAACCAAGGGGGGACCUGCUACCUCAACUCUCUGCUCCAGACCCUACUGUUCACCCCAGAGUUCAGAGAGCAGCUGUUCAGUUUGGGAGCAGCGGAGUUAGGAUGUCUGGAAGACAAAGACAAACCAGGGGCCAAAGUCAGAGUGAUCCCUCUGGAGUUACAGAAACUGUUUGCCAGUCUGCUGUUGGUGGACCAGCAGAGCGCCUCCACUGCCAACCUCACCGACAGUUUUGGCUGGAACAGCAGCGAGGGAACCAAUCAGCAUGAUGUGCAGGAGCUGAACAGGAUUCUGUUCAGUGCAUUGGAGCACUCUCUUGUGGGCACCACUGGAAGUACAUUUAUCCACCAGCUGUAUCAUGGGACCAUUGUCAACAGCAUUGUCUGCAAGGAGUGCGGGAACAUCAGCCAGAGACAGGAGGACUUCCUGGACCUGACGGCGUGUGUUUGUGGCGUGUCGAGCCUGGAAGAGGCUUUGUGGAACAUGUUUGUGGAGGAAGAGUUGUUUGAGGGCAAUAACCUGUACCGCUGUGCCCAGUGUGACAGGCUGGUCACUGCUGCUAAGUCGGCCAAGCUGAAGAAGCUUCCUCCAUUCAUGACCAUGUCCUUGCUGAGAUUCAGCUUUGACUUUGCCAAAUGUGAGCGAUACAAGGAGAUGGGACGCUAUAAUUUCCCCUUAACCGUCAACCUACGGCCAUUUUGUGAAGAGACUGAUGCUGAGGACUCUGAUUACUCCUACGAGCUGUUCUCUGUGAUCAUCCAUAAGGGAGGCUGCUAUGGUGGCCAUUACCAUGUUUAUAUCAGGGACAUUGACCAGCUUGGCCAAUGGGAGCCACCGGAGGAGGAAUGCAAACCCAAGACUCAGAAUAAUGUCAAGGAGGAAGUCAAGCAAAUGUGUGAUCCAAAACUACAAGAAGAUGACCCUUUGUCUGUGAUCUCUGCUAUUAUUGCCCAGGAGCCAUCAAAGAGUGUCCUGUCAGACCAGUUGGGACAAAAACUCAUGGACAAGAUUGGUUCUUCCUGGAGCAAAAGGUUCAGAAAACACUAUGGCCCAAUAGGAAAGUUCCUACAGUCCCACAAUGAUGUUUUCAUGUUGGUGUCUAAUGGUACUCGAGUGGCACUGAAGCCAAACCCGCCAAGCCCUGUGACUGAGCCCCCCGGCCCAGAAAAGCAGACGACUAACUGUGAUCCUUCACCACCUUCCGACCCCACAGCUGCUGAACAACAGCCAGAACUAGACCAGAAGUCAGAGCCCGAACAUAAGCAGGGUAGCCACUGGUUUGACCUUAAUGACUCCACGGUGACCUCCAUUAGGGAGUCUGACAUAGAGAAGCAGUUCCAGGGCAAAGAGAGUGCAUACAUGCUCUUCUACAGAAAAACACAGCUGCACAGGCCCAGUGAAGCUCUGAACAAUCCCCAAUAUAAAAUUCCUCUUGACCUCAUCCAGAUGGCUAAGGAGGAGAACAUAAAGAUGCAGAAAAUGCGCGAGGAGUUUGACGCCACGAAUAACACCGUGGAGCUGUGUCUCCAUCUGGCCCCCUCUUACAGGCUAUCAUAUGGAGCCCUGCAACCAAUCAGCAAAGAGCAGACCGGGAGCACCGCACUGAGUUUUGACCGCAGAAAGACUGUGGGAGAUCUUCGAUUAGCUAUUUAUCAGAAGCAGGAACUCUGGGAAGGGGACAUGGCUCUGACUGUGGCCAGGAGUCUUCCUGCUGGUCUACACCUCUACAAUACUUUAACAGAUGACGGUGUCUCCUUGUAUAGUGCAGGCAUUUGUACAAACUCUGACCUGUUUGUGUGGAACGGCAGAGAGGUGUGUGGUGCGACCGUCCCAACUGGAGCCGAGUGGGAGCCAGUGCUGCUGAAUGUAGUCCGUCCCAAUUUGGGGGAAGAUGGGGAUCAGGAGGAAGUGGCGGAUGGAUUGGAGUGUGAGGAGGGAAGAGUAGGAUUUGAAAAUGGGGGGCCAGGGCUUAAAAGGGAGGCCAGAGGGUUUGCAGGUGCUGCGACUCUUGUGGAGGUGAGGGAGGCACUAGGGGAGCCUGAGGAGUGUCUGCUGUGCCAGGAGCAUAAGGGGGGAAAGAGAGCAGAGCAGGGGAAAGGAGAGGGAGGAGGGGCAAGUGGAUGGAGGGUGUUCCCCCCCGAUGAUAUGCAACGGACGCUCAAGGAGCUGUCGCUGAAAGACGGAGAUGCACUGUUGGUGCUGGAGCCACAGUCCUUCGACAGCAGCAUGUUCGCUCUAAACGGAGAUGUUGUCACUGUGACUACACCGUCGGACUGCCGCUGGCUCCAGGUGGAGAUUGGACCACAUGAAGAUGGAGAAGGAGGAGAGAAAGAAGAGGAGAUGAGGAAGAUCAAAGUUCCAGCUACAGGAAACAUGCUGCUGUGUGAGGUGAAACAGAGGGCCAUAGAGGAGCUGCAGCUACAGGAGCAACCUGCAGGUGCACAGUACUGCCUGAGACAUGUGGACUGCACAGGGAAACUCCUUCCUCCAGUGUGUGAGGAGCUGAGUGUUCGGGAUGCAGGGGUGCGACUCAUGACCACACUGACUCUCUGUCCGGGAAAUGCCCCCAAGGCAUCACAGCUUUUCUUGCACUUCUCUGUGGGCACAGUGCCCUCUGCUGGCAUGGAGAUGGACAUAAUAGUGGAGAAAACGUGUACUGUCAAAGAGUGUCUCAAGGCAAUGCUGGAUGCUGUUGGACUUGAUGGUACUUGCUGGCACUUAAGGAGGCUUGAUUGGUGUGAAGAUAUUGGAGAGCCAAUUAUGGAUGAGGAUGCUUCUCUGUCGGAGCUGAAAAUAAACAAUGGAGAGACAUUAAUCGUCACAGAAGGACAACUUCCUCCAAAGGGGUAUCUCAAGCUGUCUGUGUGCCUGUGUCUGGAUCCCAGAACCGACUCAGCAGUUUCCAUGGAUUUUAAUCACACUGACAACGGCCCCACGGAGGUUGUGACUGCGGGUGACUCGCCUCCUCCGGGUCUCGGCAACAUGGCGGAACCGAGAAGUGCAGAACAGGUGGAGAUAUCAGACGAGGCUACCCUGGAGGAUCUCAAGACUCAGGUGUUGACACUGCCCGCCCUUCAGGAUGUGUGUGUGCCAACCACUGCGUUCAUGCGUGUGUGGCAGCUUGAGGGACGGAGGCUGACACGCAUCCUCAGAGGGCCACAGCUCACACUCAAGAAAUUGAAGCUGUCCAGUGGUACAGACCUGUGUGUGCAACGGCUACUAAAAGAAGAAGAUCUUGGUCCUAAAGAUGUGAUGCUGAAUGUUAAAAUGGGAGUCCCAGGGGAGAGGUGUUUCUACCCGCCAGAGGAGCUGGUUUGGGAUGCGACCCGUGACUCUUCCCCUCGCUCUCUACGCACUUGUCUGGCUGCACACUACGGCCUCUCCCCUGACUCUCUGCUGUUGGCCAAACACCAGCCGGACAAACACACCUGGGAAGAAAUCUCAAACUGGAGUCGGCAGGUUUCCAAGAAGAAGAAGAGGAGGAAGGCUGAAUCACUCCUGGGGGCACCAUUUCACCUCAAAGAUGGCGACACAAUCGGCAUCAAGAAUCUUUUGAUUGAUAACAACAGAGACUUCCUCACCCUGGUUGACGAGCAGAGCCAGCAGAGGCUCAGGGAGCAAGCGGAGCAACGCAGGAAAGGAGGCCAGGCUGCAGGCUCUGAGGGUGUUGGACCACAGAAGAAGACUGGACAGACUAAAUCCAGGAAACCAGAGGUAGCGCUAUCGAUCAACGUUGGAGUAUUCAGAUAGCGCUCUGCUCCCAUGGGUGCAUGGACCUAUAAAACUACACGCACUUACACACAGAUGCCGUGACGCAAUUGGGACAAUCCACUUGACGUCGGUCUUAUGCCAUUUACUUUACUGUAUUUCUCCACAAAUCUCUCAAAACCGACUAAAAUGGAAAUCUUUUGUUGGCAGGAAGAGAAGGAAUUUCAUUUUGGCAAUUUGAUGAACUGUUUUGUAACAAUGGACCGUAACUUGCAUUAUUUCUAUACAAUAUUACCGGAUUUUUUGGAAGAUGCUUCAUGUUUGUCGGCUUCCUCUCUCGACAAGCUUUCUAAAUAUGAACUCAUGCCCCUUUUUAAAAAAAAAUUACAUUGUAGUUUUAAUAUCCGAGAAAUAUUUGAGGCGAGUUUGACCUUCAGGAAAUUUUAGCCGCAUGGAUCACUAGCUAAGAGAAGCAGAAAAAACUGUUCUGAAGUGUUUUUGUGUGCUUUUACACGCUGGCAGUUAUAUACUCAUGCUUGUGCAUACUGGAGUUUCUUUCUCAUCUACAGUUAUGUAUAAAAUAUAGCAAUAAGGAUGAUUGCAUACUUGUGGCUGUACAAUUUUCACUUGUUUAAUAAGUUUUUCAGUACAAAAAGCCAUUAGUAAAAGGAAAUCAAUCUCCAUUAGUUCUUGUUGUUUCUCAAAAGGUGUUUUAAGUGAUGCUUAUUUUUAUGAUAAACCUGUCACUGAGCGCCGACAACAAACACGGUUAUCUGGAUCAUGGCCUUGUUUUAGGUUGAUAAAUGAGGAGAGAUGGGCCUUAAUGUGGAGACGCAGCUCUGUCCUCCCUACCUCGCUCUCUUCCUCUCUCAUUCUACCUCUGCUGUUUUCACCCCCAAGUUCGACAACGCAACACAUGUUUUCACCUUAAGUACCUGCUCUUAGUUUACUACGGCUAAAACAAAAACAAAAAGUAUUUCAAUGAUCCAUAGAUUGAUCAUUUGGCUCUGCAUUUUCCACUUAAAAUGUGACAUGACACUUGAAUUGUUCAAAUGUAGAGCGUCUGCUUCUGUUUACUUCUACUCAUAUUCUAUAAAUGGUUAAAUAACUGACGUUUAUUAGGCACGAUGCACCCUCUUUAUUGCUGACAAUUAAAGCAGACUGUCUUCAUUUUCAGGUCAAUUCAUUUCAUAUUUAAAGGAAUAACGGUGUGGAGCCAAACUGUAACCAUCUGUGCUAACAAAUGAAUUUGCUGCUCACUGCUGCUUUAAAAAUAUACUGUAAAAGAUUCAAAUCAUUUCCGCCUGUUUCAGUUGCAUGCACUAUAUGUGAACUUCGGGGAAGUUAAAAAGCGUUCUUAUAGAUCAUUUAUUUGAAAAAACAUUUUGUAACUGUAUGAAGUGGGAUAUUUCUUUCUGAUUUUUUUAAAAUAAUUUCUUUAACUAAUUAGUUUGAUUUAUACAUCAUAUCCUUGAUCAGUUCUUUUAUUUACAAUAUACUCGGCAAUAGUCAAAUAUGAAUUUUGUUUAUGAGUGUUCAAAUACAUUUUGGUGUUAAUGAUUCAACUGUAUUAUUAUCUGUUUGUAUACUCUAUCAACAAUAAAGUUGACUGCUGAUGA